AUGGUCUUCGUCAAUAACAAGAAGUUUGCCUGCGAAUCCUGCAUUAAAGGCCACCGGUCUUCAUCAUGCACCCAUCCAGAUCGCCCAUUAUUUGAGGUCAAGAAGAAGGGCAGGCCCGUUUCCCAGUGCGAGAAAUGCCGUGAGCUUCGCCAGUCUCGCCGGGUUCACUCCAAGUGCACCUGCAACGACAAGGCUACUCCGUCACGAGCGCCUGCCCAAGCCUCUUCAUCAGGAACCAAAUCAAAGCCUCGUUUUGUUCCUAUUGAACCAGCUCUUCCCAAUGGACUGAAAGAUAUCUUUCAAGCGUCGAGCGCAAUACCCCCCUCCGAUAUACGCCAGAAAGUCGAGGAUCUCCUAAACCCCUGUAAAUGCUCGGCGAAGAGUACUCGUGGGUGCCAAUGCGGAAGGGAACGGACGCACGAUACUACUGACACUACUGAACCCCUCGAACCCAACCUCCUCACGCUUGCUCGCGUCGCUGCUAUGCGUAGACCCGGCGAUACUGCGGAUGGCGGUUCAUCGUCAACAUCAGGGAAGCGUCAAGGGAUACCCAAACGGAUUGCGUCUCGGCCAUCUACGCCGCCAGCUUUAGGCCACAAACGAGUCAAGAACGUCGUGUCUGAUAUACAACCCAGACUUGAACUUCCUCCUAUCUUCUCGCCGCUCCCUUCGACCCCCUUCCCAACUUCUCUACCUUCGUUCCCUACCAUGCCUCCACUGAGUGCGGUAGCCUCAUUGGCUGGCUCUGGCUGCACGUGUGGCCUAACUUGUGCCUGCCCCGACUGUGAAGAACACCCUGGCCCGCAAGCUUCCGGUGAUUGUUGUGGCAAAAGCUGCAACCACUGCGUCGACCCCACUCUGAUUGCUCUCCCCGGCAGCAGCAGUCCUUCCGGCAAGAGCAUCAUUGAUCAAUUCUUCGCCCGUGCAGCAUCAUUACCUCAACCUCCGUCUAGUCGCAGGUUCGGAAAUAGUGCCAUGCUGGACACCAUGAAUACUACCGUAUAUCCAUCAACGGCUCAUGGGGCUGACGAACGUGGUGUCGCUUUUGGCUUAGUCAAUCUUCCCAAGCUCGAGUGUUGCGGAGGUAAUUGUGGGUGCCCUAACGGCCUAUGCGGCUGUGGCCAAGCCUGCAACGGAAGCUGUAGGGAACAUCAGAGUAGCCUAGCUGCUGACAAUACGCAACCCAUACCUCGGGACGAGGUUGCUUCUUCCAACGCUCCGGCGAAGACUCCCGAACCAGCCAAGCCCAUACGUAGCUGCUGCGCCGGCCGCUGA